AUGGGAGGUGGACCAGAUAAAGAACACGUUGUGAUUAUCCUCAGCGAUCCCGAACCCGAGCACAUCACGGCAUUGUUGAAGCGACAAUUCCCAUAUUUUGACAUUACAUACUACCAAGUUUCGAGAGAGGGUAACGGACCCAAGAGUAAGAAUUUGGGAAGUCAGGUACCUGAUGCUUUAUGGAAAUCUGCAACCAUCCUACUCACACUCUUUGCACUACCGCCUAAACCUGAACUUGUACCAAAUCUCAAACUCAUCCAUUUGUUUUCUGCCGGAGUGGACCACUGGUCGAACCAUCCUAUUGUCAAAGAUAGUGAAAUCACCAUCACGACUUCCAGUGGGAUUCAUGGUCCACCUAUAACGGAGUGGAUCAUCAUGACGACCUUGGUUGCUAGUCGUCAUUACGCUCUCGAGUAUGAAUGGCAAAAACAACACCAUUGGGGUCAGGCAGAUAGGAUGAAAUUGACAGGCACUGAUUGGGUCGGGAAAACUGUCGGUAUAGCUGGCUAUGGAAGUAUAGGUAGACAAGCCGCUCGAGUAUUCGCCGCUCUCGGAGCAACCAUACACGCCUAUACCGCAUCACCUCGAACUACACCUUCGUCGCGAAAGGACAAUGGAUACUAUGUACCCGGCACCGGUGACCCUGAAGGCACGAUCCCAACUUCAUGGUACAGUGGUACUUCCAAAACUUCACUUCACAACUUUCUUGGGUCCGGGCUGGAUGCACUUAUCGUAGCACUUCCUUUGACACCGUCGACCCGUCAUAUCUUCGGCGCCGACGAGUUCAACCUCCUCGGGUCAUCAGGAGGAUCCCACAAAUCCAAAACUACCGGCGGCGCGAAUAAGCCUUUCCUGAUCAACAUCGCAAGAGGACCCAUUUUGGAUCAACCUGCUCUCGUGGACGCACUCAACAAAGGCGUCCUUGGUGGUGCUGCUCUGGACGUGACCGACCCAGAACCUUUACCCAAAGAUGAUCCUCUGUGGUCCGCCAAAAACGUCAUCGUCACCCCACACGUCAGUGCUUUGGGAAAGGAAUACAUCGAUCGUGCUUUUGAUUUGUUCGUGACGAACUGGAAGAGGCACGAAAAGGGAGAAAGAAUGUUCAACGUCGUGGAUAGGAAGAAGGGUUAUUGA